GCAAGUGUAGGAAGCAAUAACACGUGUGCAUUUUGUAGGAGAGUUUGGUGGGUGGGUCUUCCUCAUAAAUUUUGAUCAGGAACAGGUGGGAAAUGGCGGGUGCGAGAGAGAAAGGAGAAGAGGGAAAAAUGGCGGCAUCUCCUCAUGAGGCAUGGCUGUUGGAAAAUGGUAACAUUAAGCUGUUGAGCAAGGAGAUGAGAUAUUCCAGCGCUGCCCGCACUGCCCACAACAUGUCUUCCUCUUCGCUGCGCAAGAAAUCAGAUCGGUCGCUUGUGUCAAAGGUUCGAGUGGGGUUUUUGAGGGCGUUUUUGGGUAAUCUUCAGGAGGUUUUGUUGGGAACGAAGCUUUCACUUUUAUUUCUCGCUAUUCCUUUGGCCAUUAUUGCAAAAUAUCGUAAUUAUGCAAGUGCAUGGGUGUUUGCUUUGAGUUUACUUGGACUCACUCCGCUUGCUGAACGAGUCAGUUUUCUAACAGAGCAAAUCGCCUUCUACACUGGACCAACAGUUGGAGGGCUCCUAAAUGCAACAUGUGGAAAUGCCACAGAGCUGAUAAUAUCUAUACUUGCACUCCUUCAGCACAAAGUAGAUGUUGUCAAGUACUCUCUACUCGGCUCCAUACUCUCAAAUCUUCUUCUUGUCCUCGGCACCUCUCUUUUCUGUGGUGGCAUUGCCAACAUUUCCAAAGAACAAAAUUUCGACAGAAAACAAGCGGAUGUGAACUCAAUGCUUCUGUUGCUUGGGUUAUUGUGUCAUGUGCUGCCUUUGAUGUUUAAGUUUGCUGGGAAAUCUCCCGAGCUAACAGCAGUCGGGACGCUUCAGUUGUCGAGGGCUAGUUGCAUUGUGAUGCUUAUUGCCUACAUUGCCUAUCUAGUUUUCCAACUAUGGACUCACCGACAAUUUUUUGAAGCAGAUGAGGGUGAUGAAGAUGAUGAUGUGGCAUCAGAUGAUGAAUCACCGGUGAUUGGCUUCUGGGGUGGAUUCAUUUGGUUAGUUCUGAUGACUGGAGUCGUAGCUCUACUGUCGGAGUAUGUCGUUGCAACCAUUGAAGCUGCAUCAGAUUCUUGGGGCUUGUCUGUCAGCUUCAUCAGUGUGAUCCUACUACCGAUCGUUGGAAACGCAGCAGAACAUGCUGGGGCAAUCAUUUUUGCAUUCAAGAACAAAUUGGAUAUUUCUCUAGGUGUAGCUCUAGGCUCAGCAACUCAAAUCGCCUUGUUUGUGGUCCCUUUAAGUGUGAUAGUGGCAUGGAUCAUAGGCAUCAACAUGGAUCUUGAUCUCAAUCUUCUCGAAACGAGUGCUCUUGCUCUAUCAAUACUCGUAACAGCGUUCACGUUACAGGAUGGGACAUCUCAUUACAUAAAGGGACUGGUUCUUCUCCUGUGCUACGUCAUCAUCGGGGCUUGCUUCUUCGUGUUUAGGGAGCCACUAAACUCUAACGACUUAGGACUUACGGCCUCACACGGUCAAGGAAUGAUGAGAGUUUAAGAUUUGGAGUUGGAAAGGAGGCUGAGAUGAAUUCAGGAGAUUGGAUGCAUUUGAUAUUCAUUGGUUGAAAUGGAGAUGAAGUGGGCAAGUUUCAAGUAUGAGUGUGUGAUCCAUUCUGGAAAUGGGUAGAACUGGAUUGCAUGUCUUUCCAAGAACCUAAUUCUUCAUGCAAUGUGGCUGGAGCAUGCACUGCCCUUUGUUUCUUUUUUCUUUUCUUCUCCUUAAUUUGUUGAGUUCUUAUCGUGA